AUGCCCAUGUAUUUGCAAGGACUGGAGUUUGAUUCACUGCUACCCAACUGGUUUUCUAAUCUAUCAUCUAUUUGUACAAAACCAUCAUUUAAUCACAUCGAUACUAAAAAUCCUAUGGUGGUGCUGGAAGUAAACAGCGAAUUUAUUGUUGAGGUGAAAGAACUAGACAUUGAAAAAGGCACUACAAAAUGGCAGACCGUCAGAAGACAAAAGCGGGAGUGGAUCAAGUUUGCUGCUGCCUGCCGAGAAGGAGAGGACAACUCCAAGAGGAAUCCAAUUGCCAGAAUUCGAUCAGACUGUGAAGCAAACCAGAAGAUUACAUACCGCAUUUCUGGGGUAGGAAUUGAUCGACCACCUUACGGAGUAUUCACCAUUAAUCCUCGGACUGGGGAAAUUAAUAUCACUUCAGUGGUGGACAGAGAGAUAACUCCACUUUUCUUGAUCUAUUGCCGGGCUCUGAAUUCACGGGGUGAAGAUUUAGAAAGACCUCUUGAGCUUCGAGUCAAGGUUAUGGACAUAAAUGAUAACCCUCCAGUUUUUACACAAAAUGUGUACACAGCCAGCAUUGAAGAAAACAGUGAUGCAAACACAUUGGUUGUAAAGUUAAGUGCCACAGAUGCAGAUGAAGACAAUCAUCUGAAUUCUAAAAUAGCCUAUAAGAUCAUCUCUCAGGAGCCAGCAGGUGCACCAAUGUUCAUCCUGAACAGGUAUACUGGAGAAGUCCGCACGAUGUCCAGUUUCCUUGACAGAGAGCAACACAGUAUGUAUAACCUCCUUGUGAGGGGCUCAGAUCGAGAUGGAGCUAUAGAUGGACUGUCCUCUGAGUGCGACUGUAGAAUCAAGGUUUUAGAUGUCAAUGAUAAUUUUCCCACCUUGGAGAAAACUUCUUAUUCAGCAAGUAUUGAAGAGAACUGUCUAAGCUCAGAACUGAUACGAUUACAAGCAAUUGAUCUUGAUGAAGAAAGCACUGAUAAUUGGUUGGCAAAAUAUUUAAUUCUCUCCGGAAAUGAUGGGAAUUGGUUUGAUAUUCAAACAGACCCACGAACCAAUGAGGGCAUUUUGAAAGUCGUCAAGAUGCUGGAUUAUGAACAAAUGCCUAAUAUUCAUCUUGGUAUCGGAGUUAAAAACCAAGCUGAAUUUCACCACUCAGUUGCCUCUCGAUUCCAAAUGCACUCAACCCCUGUGAGAAUUCAGGUUGUUAAUGUGAAAGAAGGACCCGCAUUUCAUCCAAAUUCUAUGAUUUUCAGUAUACGGGAAGGGAUAAGAGGAAAUUCCUUAUUGAAUUAUGUGCUUGGCACAUAUACGGCAAUAGACUUGGACACAGGAAAUCCUGCCACAAAUGUCAGGUAUGUCAUAGGACAUGAUGCAGGCAGCUGGCUAAAAGUAGAUUCAAGGACUGGUGAGAUAAAAUUUUCUAGGGAAUUUGAUAAGAAGUCAAAAUAUAUUACCAAUGGGAUAUACACAGCAGAGAUCCUGGCUGUAGAUGAUGGCUCUGGGAAAACAGCAACAGGAACCAUAUGUAUCGAAGUUCCUGAUGUCAAUGAUUAUUGUCCAGUUGUUUUUGCUGAAAGUGAAUACAUAUGCAUUGACUCUCCAUCGAUCCUUAUCUCUGCAAGAGACAUUAGUGAUCAUUCUUAUGGGUCUCCCUAUACCUUCUGUGUUGUUGAUCAGCCACCAGGCACAGCAGACUUAUGGGAUAUCAAACCAAAAAAUGCUACCUUCGCAAUCCUGACAGCUAAGCGGCGUUUAAGUCCCAUGCUCUACCAAAUCCCAAUCAUCGUGAAGGACAGCUAUAACCGAGCAUGUGAAUUGCCACAGAUUGUGGUGUUAGAAGCCUGUGAUUGUGACAACGACCACAUAUGCUUGUACUUUAGUACCACGGGCAUCAACACAGGGGACGGCAGCUCAGUUACCAGCGAUAUAUACGGGUCUGUCACUGAUGACCAACUUGGGAGUUCAAAUGUUGGUCUCGGACCAACAGGGAUUGGCAUGAUGGCUCUGGGACUCCUACUACUACUUUUGUCACCACUCUUGCUGCUCAUGUGUUGCUGCAAACGAAGACAGCCUGAAGGCCUGGGGACGAGGUUUGCUCCUGUGCCAGAGGGAGGUGAUGGAGUGAUGCAGUCUUGGAGAAUCGAAGGGGCCCAUCCUGAGGACAGGGAUGUAUCAAAUAUAUGUGUACCAAUGACAGCCUCUAAUACCCAGGAUCGUAUAGAUUCUUCUGAAAUCUACACUAACACCUACGCCGGUGGUGGAACAGUUGAAGGGGGUGUGUCAGGAGUGGAACUCAACACGGGGCUGGGGACAGCUGCCGGUCUGGCCAUCGAAGAUGCAGCAGGAGCGCGGCGGAGGAGUUCCACUAUAGGAACUCAGUGGGAAUAUGCAGAUAUGGGCCUGAAUAUGGCUUUCUUGGACAGUUAUUUCUCUGAGAAAGCUUAUGUUUAUGCAGAUGAAGAUGAAGGUCGGCCAGCAAAUGACUGCUUACUCAUCUAUGACCACGAGGGAGUAGGGUCUCCUGUUGGCUCCAUUGGUUGCUGCAGCUGGAUUGUGGAUGAUUUAGAUGAAAGCUGCAGGGAAACUUUAGAUCCAAAAUUCAGGACUCUGGCUGAAAUCUGCUUAGACACAGAAAUUGAGCCAUUUCCUUCACAGCAGGCCUGUAUACCUAUCAGUACCGACCUGCCUUUGCUGGGGCCUAAUUAUUUUGUUAAUGAUUCUUCAGGAAUGACCCUCUCAGAGGCUGAAUUCCAGGCAGAAAUGGCAAUACCUGAGCCCAUAAUCCAUGGGGAUAUCGUAGUGACCGAGACAUACUCAACUGCUGACCAAUGUAUGCAACCCACUACAAUUGUUAUUGAUCCUCAGCUUGCACCCAAUGUUGUAGUGACUGAAACAGUGAUGGCACCUGUUUAUGAUGUCCAAGGGAAUAUCUGUGUACCUGCUGAGCUAGCCAACGCACACAAUGUAAUCUACACUGAGAGAGUGCUAUCUAGUCCUGGUAUGCCUGACGUGAACAGCAGUACCAUGACUGAUGGCUGUAUGGGACCUGUAAUGAGUGGCGGUAUUUUGGUAGGGCCAGAAAUUCAAGUGACACAAAUGGUGAGUCCCAACGUUCAUAUAAGCCAAACCACUGGUUCCACAUCCCCAAUGACAUCUCGACACAGAGUAACACGGUAUAGUAACAUACAUUACUCCCAACAGUAGUGCUUUUGGUCAAUACUCUAUAUGGAGACCUUGUACUUUGUAAUCACCCACAUAUCCAUUAAAGGUAUAAAUGUAUUAUAUUUAACAUUUUAAUAGCCAACAAAUAUUCAGAUAUUCUAAGAUCAAUGCUACUCUUUGAAUAUGUCUUUUGCGGGGGGUGGUGAAUAUGGCUAAGCACUUUAGAUAAGCCUUUUAUAAUUCUUUCAGGUUUUAAAUAAUGUGCCAAAAACUUAAAAUCUUUUAUUUCCUUUGAUACUGUCUAAUAAAUAGCACAUAACUCAUAAGGUGAAUCUUCGAGAUCUUCAGGUCUGUAGGACUAGUCAUACAAGCCAAGAUGCCCUUGUUCUUGGAGGUUGCAAAAGAAGUCAUGACUACAAUUACCAGUCAUAUUUAUCUUUUGAGAAAUAUUUCUGUUAAAAAAUUUUAAUUGAAAAACUGAAUGAAGUGUACAUUUCUGAAAGAAGGUUGGAAAGGACAAUAGAGCAUCUAUCAUUAGCAGCCUGAAAUCAUUUGUCUCUUCAGUAGUUUCUCAAGAUAUGCAAUAUUUAGGACAUAACUAAUAUAAUACAGGGAGAGAGUUUGACAGCUGAGUGCAUUACUGAAAAUAGUUCACUGAAAAGAAUUACAUAUAUAUAGAUAUGCAUAUAUACAUUAAUCAAUAUGGAUGAAUUUUUAUCGCACUUUAUUGAUUUAUAUCAGUAACUGUAAAUUAAUUUACGAUAGUAAAAAGAAUUAUGACAACAAUAGAGUACAAACAGUUCUUAGGGAAAGCAUUAAAGUAUUUCCUUCUUAGAAUGUUUUCUCUAUUCUUGCUAAUUAUGUCAGAAAACCAUAUUAAAUAUGGUUUACUCCAUUUUGUUGACCCAAGUCAUAGAGCUUUCAUUUAGCGAUCAAGUAUUCUCCAAAGUACCUCUCUGGUUAUGCAUAUAUUCAACAAUAUUUACUCAGAAGCUACUGUGUUGAGUGCUGGUCUUGUCUCUGUGAAUAAAUACGUGAAGAAGACAAACAUGAUUUACCUGUCUUCUAGAACUUCCAACUCAUCCGUAGCCUUAAAACUCUGGGGAUACAGCUUUGAGUUCCUGCCAAGAAUAAUUAAAAAAAUAUUUAAGUCCAUUACCAAGUUGUGUUUCUCUUUUUAACACUGCUAUAUUAUGUUGAAUGAAUAAAACAGAAACACAUACACAGAUUGCUUGCUUUUAGUAAGUAUAAAGUGGGCUUAAGAGAAAGAAAUUCUAGCAAGAUAAUUUUAUUUAAUUCUGUAAAAUAUGUAAACUAUAUAGUAGCAACUAUAAUGUGACUCAUAAAAUAAUGUAAAUGAAAUAAACUUAUUUUCAGGGCUUAUUCCUUUUGGAAGGAAAUAACUGUAGUGCUUCUUGCUUAAUUUGUUCCUUUAUAAAUAAAACUACUCUAGAAUUAGGAGCAUCUCCCAUAAUCUCUUGCCCAAUUCUCUCAUUUUACAGAAAAGGAAUCUAGAACCAGAGAGGUAAAGUGACUACAACUUGCUAGUUGUGGAACAAAAUCUUAUAGCCAUUUCUCAGGUACUCUGGUCCAUGUUUCAAUACUAUAACUAUAUCAGACAUGGAGAUCAAGUUUGGCCCAUUGCAUAGUCUUUGUUAUUUCCUAAUUGGAAGAAAAAGUAUCUCUCAAAAGAAAAAAAAAAAAGGUUUUGUGACGUUUAAGUGCAGAACAGCUGAAACGGUAUGACGCCAGAAGAUUAUUUACAUGUUUUCUCAUCUUUUCCAAGCUACAUGUAUUACCAGUAAUUAUAGUCAUUCCUUACUGUGGUUAUUCACAACCAAGAUUCUGCUACAUUUCAUAACUCUAUAAUUUGAUGAAUUCAUAGGGUAGCUAAGGAGCAUAUUAAUACCAUGGUCAUUUUAAUAGUCAACAAACCAGCCAUGUAACACCUUGCAUGCAUUCAGUGCCAUAGCAUAUCCUGAUGUGGAUAUUUCUCUCUUGAAUUCUGCAUUCUAUGGCGCUAAUAAUUUUUCAAAUUAUGAAAAAACUGGUGAAUAAUUAAAUGUAAAGUGCUAAUGGAUUUAAAACUGAAAACAAUAAGAGAUUUGAGAAAUGAUGAAGAAAAUAGUACUAAAAGUUUAACUGAUACCACUUGUGAGAAGGCUAUGAAAAUUUCUCUAUAAACUUUUCUAUCAAUACACAAAGAUUUAAUGGUGCUUCCAAAAGAGGAAAUCUAUCUCUGGUGGCUGUUUUCCCUUAUACUGUCCAUGGAAACAAGACCAGAACCAUUUCAUUUUCUCUCUCAAUAUUAUCAGUGAGAAGGAACUCCUCCAUCAUUCCAAGAUGGUCUGUAUCAUUCACAUAUGACAUAAGGCUCCAAAAUUGGUGUAUUAUUAAAAUAUUAUCCCAAAUAAAAUAGAAAGCAUAAGUAAGAUCUCCCUUGCCCUGCUGAAGAGUUAGGGUAUUGAUUUAUCUAGGAUAUAAAGAUGAUAUAGCAUUGAUGUUAAAAUUUGAAAAUGAACCCAUAAGUUCAAGAAAUGAUAUUUAACUAAUAAGUAUAAUAACAUAUAGUUUGAAUCAUAUUAUCUUGCCACUUGCAAUUACCUGAAGGGAAGUCAUUAUCAAAUGUAAAAAUAAGUUCUAUUAGAACUGCCUUAUUAGGUAAAGGGAAAGGAAGACAAGAACACAGAGUAUUUACAGGGGCGCCUGGGUGGCUCAGUUGGCUAAGUAUCUGCCUUUGGCUCAGGUCCUGAUCCAGGCUCCUGGGAAUGGAGCCCAGAGU